GCCGGGUCUGUUGACAGCGGCGGCGGCGGCGGCGGCGGCUUCCCGGCCGACUGGAGUGGGGCGUGAGCGGCGGGGCCCGGCGCGGCUCCCUCGGGCUGCUCUUUGGCCGCGCUCCCAACGCGGAAGACGCCGGAGGGAGGCUCCGACCGGCCGCCCCCGCCUUCCCUGUGGGGCAGGACUACAGAUGUAAAAAGUCCAGAUGGAGCACAUGGAGCUCGGAGGGCAGAUACAACCCGUCGGAAAACCUCAACCUUGGGGGAAGCUGAUCCGGUUGGGGGUGGAACAAGCCGAGCCCCACGUGUUGCUGAUGAAAAAUGAGUGGACGAUCGGCAGAAAGAAAGGUUGUGACUUAUCCUUCCCUGGCAAUAAAUUGGUGUCUGGUUAUCACUGUAAAAUAAUAAUGGAUGAAAAAUCGGGUCAGGUUUUGCUACAGGAUACCAGCACGAAUGGAACAGUGAUCAACAAACAGAAAGUGGUGAAGAGACAGACCUGCCCUUUACAAACUGGGGACGUGCUCUAUAUUGUUUACAGGAAAUACGAUCCAGAAAACAAUGUUGCAUACCUGUACGAAUCUUUGCACCCCAAUAAGGAUGGAGCUAAUGAUCCAGGAGAAGCCAAGGUUGACAGUGCGUGCCACACAACCAAAGAUACCUCAAGCACCAGAGAAAGCAAUGAUGGGACCUCAACAGCAUUGCCACUGCCAGCUUCUCGGACAAGCUAUGAAGAACCGCAGCCAUCCACUUCGACGUCAAACCUCUUCGAAAUUGUUCCUACCUCUUCCACUGAGUCCACAUCCACUGAGAAGGCGAACCCUUCAGUAGUUGGACCCCAAUCUUGCACCUUAAUUUUUGCACCUGCUUUGAUCAAAUUGGUACCAUCCGGACCAGAGACAUUGCUUCAACUCAGUCAGCCUGUUGUAAAUACAGAAACAUCUGGUGCUUCUUUGAGGGACCCGGAGAAAACAGCCAUGUUCCAGCUUUCGGGAAGGGAAGGAAAUGAUUCACCCUACCCCGUUAGAAAGAAAAUCAGAAGAGAUGAUGAAGCCAGCUCUGCCCUUCAGGUGGUCACCCCAGACGGACACGCGAUGGGACCUGACCCCAGAGAUGCCAAAUCAGCAACCAUGAAGCCUGACAAAAUGGGAGAAAGCUUAAGCUGCAUCAUCUGCCAGGAACUGCUUUAUGACUGUGUCAGUUUGCAGCCCUGUAUGCACACUUUCUGCGCUGCUUGCUACUCAGGGUGGAUGGAGCGAUCUUCCCUCUGUCCGACAUGCCGCUGUCCUGUGGAACGGAUCUGUAAAAACCACAUUUUGAACAACUUGGUAGAAGCCUAUCUCAUCCAACACCCAGAUAAGUGUCGUAACGAAGAAGAUAUUAGAAGUAUGGAUGCCCGGAACAAAAUCACUCAGGACAUGUUACAGCCGAAGGUGCGAAGAUCCUUUUCAGAUGAAGAAGGAAGUUCAGAAGACCUGCUGGAUCUGUCGGAUGUAGACAGUGAAUCUUCUGAUAUUAGUCAGCCAUAUGUCCUAUGCCGGCAAUGUCCUGGUUAUCUUCGGCAAACCGUCCUGCCUUUAACCUUUCCCGAGCAGGAAGAAAAUGCAGCACCUGGGCAGGUUCCUGGAGAUUCCCCAUCGACUUCUUCCAGCUUCCCAACAGCAGUCCAGGAAUAUGUCUGUCCAGCUCAAGGGAGCCACAUCUUCUGCACUUGCUGCUUCCAGCCCAUGCCGGAUCGUAGAGCGGAAAGGGAACAGAACCCGAACAUCGCCCCACAGCAGUGUACCAUUUGUCUGCAGUCCUUCUGCCAUCUGUACUGGGGAUGUGUGCGCGUAUCCUGCCUGGGCUGUUUAGCCCCAUUCUGUGAACUCAACCUUGGGGACAAGUGUUUAGACGGCGUUCUUAAUGGCAAUAACUAUGAAUCAGAUAUUCUAAAGGAUUACUUGCAAUCUAGGGGGAUGACAUGGAAAGACAUGCUGAAUGAAAGCCUCCUGGCUCUUCAAAAAGGAACUUUUAUUUUAUCAGAUUACCGAAUCACGGGAGAAACAGUGAUCUGUUAUUUUUGCGGCCUGCGGACUUUCCGAGAACUCGCUUAUCAGUACAGACAGAUUAUUCCUGCUUCGGAAUUGCCAGCCACCAUCACAUCCCGUCCCGACUGUUACUGGGGUCGCAACUGUCGUACUCAGGUGAAAGCCCACCAUGCUAUGAAGUUCAAUCACAUCUGUGAACAAACACGAUUCAAAAACUGAGAAGGAUUCCCGGGGCGUUUUAACUGGUCUCCCUGCUUGUAGAGGAUGGGAAAAUUAAACCAGAAACGCCAACUCUACAGUUUUUGCCAGGUUGUUCCCACAAAAAAAAAGGGGGGGGAUUGGCAACUUUUUACAUCAGGUACUCUGAUGUGCUUUUUUCCCCCCUCCUUACCAUUAUUGUUUUGUCAUUUUUUUUCUGCCACCCUGUAUUCUCCUUGGCUUUAUUUUUUUUUCUUUUAAAAAAAGUGGUUUUGUUUUGAAGGCCAGAAAGAUGUGGCUGCCCCUGUUUUCUUCCUGAAUUUGAGCGACUCUAGGAAUUGAAGGACUCGCUGCACGAGGCUGAAUGGUAGAAAUGGAACAAUUCUCGGGAACAUUGAUUGUGGAACGAAGCAAGGCCUUAUUGAGAAGGCAAGAAGGAAGCAUGUCCUCGGUUCCUUGUUGGGCAUUGCCGUGCGUCUUGUCAAUUUCUUGGACCAACGCAACAUCUUGCCGGAAUUGACGGCCUAGACUCCUUGGCUCCUCGGUCAAAGAUCACAGCUGGAUUGACCAAGGUCUGUCCAACACUAAGCACUGACUGCUUAAGGCCGUAUUUCUCUGCCGUGGGCAUGUUGACAUGAGGACUUCAACUCCCAGACCUCCCCAGCCAGCCAUGUUGGAUAAGGAACUCUGGGAGUUGGCAGUCCACCCGUCUAAAAAUGGCCGCCGUUGAGAAACACAAUCUUAGGGUGCCUUGUUCUUCCUUGACACACUCCACAUGUCUCUCUUAAAUGCUGCUGUCCAGUAUUUGUCUAGCCUCCUUUGAUAGGAAAGAUCCAAUUGUUUCAUUCUUUUCUCUUUUUAUUCUAGUCUUUUUUUCCUUCUUCCUCAGAUCCUGUCAUUUCUUUUCCUCCUGCUCAAUUCUAGGAUUCAGACUGGUGCUGAAUUUCACCUCCGCCACCUUUUCUUUGGGCUCCAAGAGAAAGUCCCCACCCCACCCCAGGAAUUUCUGUUCUUAGCAGUUGGGAGUUAUGCUUCAAAACAACUAUGCAUUCCCCCCCCCCCCCCCUUACUGGUCAAAUUCCACUAGAAAUUCCUUUUUUAAAAAAAAAAUCCCCUGAUGAUAAAGAAGUCUUCACGAUGGAAGGGGAUUUGGCAUAAUCCAACUGAUACUGAAGACUCUUCAAUACCGUUGCUGAGCACAGGACGUGAAUAUUACCAGCUUUUAUCCUGAUUUCUCCAGGGCUAUUCCUGAUUUCUCCAGGGCUAUUUUUGUUGUCCCUAAAAUAGAAGCAGCACCAUCAAUUUUGGAGGAUGGUAAGACAGGAAAGUGUAUCUCUGCAUAUAUCCAUAUCCAUUGUUUUAAUCAGGUCAGAGUGACCUCUCUCCUAACUUAACGUUUAAGGCUGUCCUUCAACAAGAGCAACUGUGAAUAAUGGAUAACUUGCAUAACCAGAAUUGCUUUUGAAAUAAUUUAGUGCUUGCACAGAGUUCUGCUUCCACUGUUGGGCACAUUUUAAGGAGAGAGAGGGAGAGAAAGGGACCAAUGUAACCCUUAGGAAGCCUGGAUAAAGAUAGACAAGCCUUUUUCCCUCUUCUUACAACUCCCAAUGUAGCUUAAAUUCAGCCAUAACUGUAUCCAAAAUGGAUCUUUUCUAACCUGGAGUCUUUCAGAUGUGUUGGGAAUUCCAUGCACCAGAAUCCUGAGAUAGUUUAACCGUGGCCAGGACAACUCAUUGAUUUGUAAGUUGCAAUCUCAAAAGCUUACCGAUUGAUUGGGAGAAGGCUAUGCCGAAUCCCAUUUCUCUGCAGUCUUCCUAUUGUUUAAAACAUUUGCAUCUAUACGCUGGUUCCGUAGCCAGGAUCUUGUCUUCCUUUAUAGCUGUGUUUCUUAACCUUGGCCACUUUAAAGAUGGGUGGACCUCAACUCCUGGGGGAUUCUGGGAGCUGAAGUCCACCCAUCUUAAAGUGGCAGGAGAAACACAACUUUAUAGUAAUAGGAGCCUCAUUUCCAAUACACUAAAGUUACACGCUAUUUUUUUUUCCUCUGCUCUCAAAUUCAAGAGGAUUUAACAGAAUAAUGUGCUGGGCGCAGUUAUUCAACAUUGAACCCAAUCCGCCUUAUAUUUUUAUGCACUGAAAUAGUAAUCUUUCAGUGCUUGGUCUUGAAGAGCUAGCGUGAGGAGUGGUCCAAAGAGAAAGCCACAGGUCCCUCCAAGAUUUAAUGCCCUUUAUGUUAAAGAUGUUCGGUAAGGAUUGGUUCGUUUUUCUAUCUGCAGACUUUUUUUUUUGCUCCCCUUUAAAAAAAAUAUAGAGCUUCCAAGGAUUAUCCUGUUACAGCAGGGCUCUCCAAAAUUGGAAACUUUAAAACUUGUGGACUUCGACUUCCCCGUGCUGGGGGAUUCUGGGAGUUGAAGUCCACAAGUCUUAAAGUGGCCAGGUUUGGGGGGGGGGGGGGGUUUUCUUUCUAAUCAUGAGCCUGUUUCAGUAAAAGGCCACGUAAAGGCUUCCACAGCCGUGCCUCCUUGUAUUCACAAACCAUGUUAAGUGGACUGCUAGACACACAGCCUGUCUCCCAGACUUCCACGCUGGCUGCAAGAGAAUUACAAAAGCAGGAUCUUGCAGCCAUCAAUGUUGGCAUGGAACCGUUGUUACAACGGGUGCGUUUUUCCCGUCUCAGGGAAUGGAGAAACAACGGAGACUGCAAAAAAACCACACACAGCCAUGUCGGUUUCCCCCAGGUUAGCUGCUGGCUA